AUGCCACUGGCGGAGAGCCUAGAGGUGUCCAUUUGUCCCGAGACGGUGAUGGUAUCAUCGGGGACGGGGAUAGGGACUGAUGGUGAUGGCUCCGACGGCGACGAUAUGCCCUGUACUGUUACCGUAUCGCUGACCUCGCAAUCUCCGCUCGCAUCUGCUUCUAAAAAGAAGAAAAGAAAGAAGCCUAAGAAGAAAUCCUCUUUGAAACAGUCUUCACCCCCACGGAUCCCUAUUUGUGACCUCUUCCCUAACGGUCAAUACCCACAUGGUGAAAUACAAAGCUAUGAUUCUGUAGUCGACAACACCGCUCGCGUGACCGCUGCAGAAGUUCGAUACCACUCUCGAACUCACCUUGAGGAUGACACAUUCUUGAACGACUACCGCAAAGCAGCCGAGGUGCACCGCCAGGUUAGACGAUGGACGCAGGACACUGUCCGCCCGGGGCAGACCCUCACGGAUAUUGCGGUGGGAAUCGAGGAUGGAGUGAGAGCGUUGCUCGAUAACGCCGGGGUUGAGCCAGGUGAUGGUCUCAUAUCUGGACUCGGAUUUCCGACUGGUCUCUCUUUAAACAAUUGUGUAGCACACUACACACCCAAUCCUGGUCAGAAAGAUGUGGUCCUUAGUCAAAGUGAUGUAAUGAAAGUCGAUUUUGGCGUUCACAUCAACGGUUGGAUUGUUGAUAGUGCCUUCACCAUGUCAUUUGACCCAACCUACGACAAUUUGCUUGCCGCUGUGACUGAUGCCACAAAUACUGGCAUCAAGAACGCCGGGAUCGAUGUUCGUAUUAGUGAUGUCAGCGCUGCCAUUCAGGAAGCAAUGGAAAGCUAUGAAGUGGAUAUAAACGGCCGCACAUUUCCUAUCAAGGCAGUCCGCGGUCUAUCUGGACACAACAUCGACCAAUACAGAAUCCACGCUGGCAAGUCCAUACCAUUUACCAAAAACUCGGACAACACCAAGAUGGAAGAGGGUGAGAUAUUUGCCAUCGAAACAUUUGGUACGACCGGUCGUGGUCAUCUUUUGGAAGGGCCUGGAGUCUAUGGAUAUGGAAGAGAUGCAUUUGCGCCGAAAAAGAUCACCUCGCCCCUUGCCUCUGCCAAAUCUGUCUACAAGACGAUCAAUGACAAUUUUGGCUCCCUUGUUUUCUGUCGUCGGUAUCUCGAACGGUUGGGAGUUCAACGUUAUUUGGCAGGCCAGAUGAACUAUCUCGUAGCGAACGACAUUGUCGAGGUCUACCACCCUCUUAUGGACAACGAAGGCUCAUACUCUGCUCAAUUUGAACAUACAAUUCUCUUGCGAGAAUCAUGUAAGGAGGUGCUUAGUCGCGGAAAUGAUUAUUGA